AAAUUAGACUUAUGUGAUGUUAUUUUUUCUUCAUUUAAUGGAGUUUUUGACAAGUCCAUCCUUAAUUGAACAUAUAUUUUUUUAAAGAAAUUCAAAUCUGAUAUAAUAUUACAGGCGACAAAUACACUGCGCUUUCAAACUCAAAAGGUUUGGGUCACCAGCUUGAAACCAAAUCCGGAUACAAACGGGUUUAUAGCCGGACAAGAACAAGAACAAAACAAAAACGUUGUCAUUUUUUGUAGGAGCCUCUGGAAGGGUGGAGAGAUUGUUUAGUGGGCCGUUGUUAGUUUUCCAAUUCAUGUGAGGUCGGUACUUGUAAAAGAGUUGUUGUCUUAAUUUAUUGGAGAAAGUUCUUUGUUGUCAAGGGAGUGGUGCAAAAAAAAAACAGCAAAAGAGAUAAGCUUAAACAAAGCUUCAAUUGCUGCUGGUCUAUAAUGGGCUCAUUUUGAAAAAGUUGGUUUGCUUUUCUUGUGUGAGGGAAGUCAGCUAGCUACUUUUUAUGAACCUUGCUUGUAAAGUUGAAGUGGGUUUUUCUUGAAAAGAAGAAAACUUGUGUGUUUUGAGUGAAUUGGGAUUGUUGAAGGAGGUUCCCAGGAGAGUUUGGUAACAAAAAGACUAGUUUUUGAAAUGACUGUAGCAUUGUUUUGGGUUGGUAGUGCCAAUCCAAGCACAGAGGUUUCCAAUUGUCUUCGAUUCCUGGAUUCUGUCAAGGUUCUGGAUACAACGAAGUUUGGUAAUUCUAGAGAUCGGAGUUUGUUUUUUAAGCUUGGAGAAAAAAAGGGUAGGAAACAGAAAUGGAAGUCAUGCUCUGUCAAUCCAGAUUUGGGGUAUUUAGGUGGUAGAAGUAAUGGAAGCAAAUUGCCUGUGAUAUCAAGCAUGGUAGCAAGCCAUGCUGGAGAAAUGGCUGUUUUGUCAUCCGAGGAGAUGGUUUAUAAUGUGGUGCUGAAGCAGGCAGCUCUGGUUAAGAAAGAACUGAAGUCCAGAGGUGAUCUGGAUGUGAAACCAGAUGUCGUUCUUCCAGGGACUUUGAGCUUGUUGAGUGAAGCUUAUGAUCGGUGUGGAGAAGUUUGUGCUGAGUAUGCCAAGACUUUUUACCUGGGAACUCUGCUCAUGACCCCUGAACGGAGAAGGGCUAUUUGGGCCAUAUAUGUGUGGUGUAGGAGGACCGAUGAGCUUGUUGAUGGGCCUAAUGCUUCACACAUUACACCAACAGCUUUAGAUAGGUGGGAGGCAAGGUUGGAAGAUCUUUUCCAAGGGCGUCCAUUUGAUAUGAUGGAUGCUGCUCUAGCAGACACAGUUGGAAAAUUUCCUGUUGAUAUUCAGCCAUUCAAAGAUAUGAUUCAAGGAAUGAGGAUGGACUUGAGGAAAUCAAGAUACCAAAACUUUGAUGAGCUCUAUCUUUACUGUUAUUAUGUUGCUGGGACUGUUGGACUGAUGAGUGUUCCAGUUAUGGGCAUUGCACCUGAAUCACAGGCUUCGACCGAGAGUGUUUAUAAUGCUGCCUUGGCAUUGGGGAUAGCCAAUCAACUCACUAACAUACUCAGGGAUGUUGGAGAAGAUGCAAGAAGAGGAAGGGUUUAUCUACCACAAGAUGAGCUGGCACAGGCAGGGCUUUCAGAUGAUGACAUAUUUGCUGGAAAGGUGACAGAUAAGUGGAGAAACUUUAUGAAGAAUCAAAUUAAGAGAGCAAGGAUGUUCUUUGAUGAGGCUGAGAAAGGAGUGACAGAAUUGAGUGCUGCAAGUCGAUGGCCGGUUUGGGCAUCCUUGCUGCUAUAUCGCCAAAUACUAGACGAGAUAGAGGCUAACGAUUACAACAGCUUCACAAAGAGGGCAUAUGUGAGAAAAGCCAAGAAGAUAGUUGCUUUGCCAGUUGCAUAUGCAAAAUCCCUCAUUAGUCCAUCAUCGAGAGUGCCAUCUCCUUUGGCAAAAACAUAAACUGCAAUAUGAACUUGAAACUCAAAUAUUUUAUACCUAGUGGAUAAAAUGGUUUAAAUAUUGUAAUGUA